AUGGCACACGCGGGCCCAACACCCGACCCAAGAUGUAUUGUUCCGCCGUACCGCACCAAGCGCACGGAGACGCCAGUGUACCAUUCCUGGAUCCCAACCCGACUCGUGGACGACUGCGGCCUUGCUUCGGAAGUGCCAUCUUCACGUGCCUCUGUCGCGUCCGACAUGGAUGGCAUGUCCUUCUCGGCCCUUGAUCUCAGCUGGGAUCGCUGCCUGCAGGCACUAAAAGCACCGAGCCCCACUUCGAGCCCCACACCGAGCUCCCCGCAUAGCGGGGGCACGAUGAGUUCGAGACUCGAAUGGUCUCAGACGCAGAACACGGCACCGCUCAGCUCGUCCUUCCACGCGGAUACGCCGUUCCAGCCGUUCAACUUUGGCCUGCACAAGCCACUGCCUCUCAAGAGCUGCAUGCCACAAGACCAGGGCGGGUCGGCGCGGAACAACAGCUGGCCACGCAAGGCACCUUCCUCGGUGUGGAACAUGGACAUGAUGCACCGCGAAAGCCAUCCCAGUGUCGUGCCGCGCCCCUUUACGCCAAAGCCAAAGCUGCAGAGCCACCGCACCAAGCUCGUGCCGGCUACACCUACCACGCCGUGGGCUCCCCAGUCGGACGCGCGCACCACGAUCGUCGUCUCGAACCUUGCAGCGCACAUCAGCGAAGACGACCUGCGCGCCCAUUUUGAGAACCCGCCCGAGUGGCCCGAUUCCCAUCCGAUCCGCCAAGUAUGCGCCAAUGUAGGCCAGACAGCUCCGCUGCGCCCAGCGCCCCUCGCCGUGCUGGGCGUGGAGAUGAAUUCGGAGCGCUCGCAGGCGCUCGUAUACUUCCAAAACACGCAGGAUUGCGAGCGUGCGCUGGUCGAGCUACAGCACACGAUCCUGACGCCCCGUCAGAAACCAUGGAAGCCGGUGCGUGUGCAGAUCGCCAUCGCGCACACACAGCCCGACCGUCCUGCGCAGCGGCAAGCGACGCGCGUGCAAGAAGACAAGAGCCGCCGCGCUCAUGCGCCAAAGCGGCGGCUUGCUGAUGCAAGCCGCAGCGCCGGACGCACACGCGAGCCGCUGCCGGAGCAGGAACCGGAGCGUGUUCCCACCACGCUGACAUUCAUGCCCCCCGACGAGUCGCAAGAGGAGGUGGAGAAUGCGCAGCAGCUUUCCAACGCGCUCACGGCCGCACACAUGACGAGCGCGCUCGACCCCGCAAACACCACCGUGUUUGUCGGCAGCCUCUUUUCCAUGGCGUCCGAGGGAACACUCUACUCGCUUUUUGCGCCCUUUGGGCAGAUCCUCUCGGUGAAUAUCCCGCACGGCCAGGACUGUGGAUUCGUGCAGUUUGUACGCAAAGAAGACGCGGCGCGUGCGAUUGCCAAGCUGCAGCGCUCGCCCGUUGCCGGCGGCUCGUUGCGUCUUAGCUGGGGGCGCAAUAUCGGCGAAAAAGCAGCAGCACGUGCAGCGACCCGCGCCGGGCUCCGCUGGGUGGAGGAUGCAUCGUAG